UGGCGACAACCCAGCUUCAUCCUAGGACUGUAUCCAUCACCCGUCCGCUUCAGUCCAACAACACGCCAAGUGUUCAUAGGGUUGCGUGCACGUCUGUCCUUCUUUACUGGCACUGAAUUGAGUCUUGCCAGAGGCCCCUGGGUCAACACCCUUCCUUGUACUCCCUUUUUUCCUGUCUACUAUCCUGUCACUAUGCGGCAGUUCAGAGAUUUUGCCUUUGGCCUGGCUGCCCUAGGGCUCACGGCUCUGGCGUCUGCUUCUGAAGCUCCUGCUUCUGAAGCUCCCGCUUCCGAUGCAGAGUCACAUGUGCAUGUCCUCGAGAAAGCAACGUUCAACGAUUUCAUGGAGCAGCACCCCCUGGUCAUGGCGGAGUUCUAUGCGCCAUGGUGCGGUCAUUGCAAGGCUCUUGCCCCUGAAUAUGAAGUUGCCGCAGCCGAGCUCAAGGAGAAGAACAUCCUCCUCGCUAAGAUUGACUGCACGGCGGAGAGUGAACUGUGCAAGGAGUACGACGUGGAAGGUUAUCCCACAAUCAAGAUCUUCCGUGGUUUGCAGAAUGUCAAGCCAUACAAUGGCGCUCGCAAAAGUGGAGCCAUCUCAUCCUUCAUGUCCAAACAAGCUCUUCCAACAGUCAGCCAGGUAACGAUGCAAAAUUUCGAAGAUGUGAAGGCAAUGGACAAGGUCGUCGUUGUUGGAUACUUUGCUUCUGAUGACAAGACCUCGAAUAAAACUUUCCAUGCUGUGGCUGAGGCCCUGCGUGAUGACUUCCUCUUCUCCGCAACAAGUGACCCCGAAAUGGCUGCUGCUGCAAACGUAAAGCAUCCGGCCGUUAUUCUGUACAAGGACUUCGACGGAGGCAAAGAGCUCUUCUCAGGGAAAUUUGUUGAAGAAGACAUCACCAACUUUGUGAAAGUUUACAGCAUGCCUCUCGUUGGCGAAAUCGGACCAGAUACCUACAAUAGCUACAUGGGUAGUGGCCUUCCACUCGGCUACCUAUUUGCCGAGACUCCUGAAGAGCGUGAAGAGUUCGCAGCCAUGUUGAAGCCUAUUGCCAAAAAAUAUAAAGGUCGCAUCAAUCUUGGAACCAUCGAUGCCAAGGCUUACGGAGCUCACUCUGACAACCUGAACCUUAAACCCGAGAAGUUCCCAGCGUUCGCAAUCCACAACCCUGCCGAAAACAAAAAGUUCCCCUACGAUCAGGAGAAGAAGAUCACCCGGGAUGACCUCGGGGCAUUCGUUCAAGCCGUCCUCAAUGGUGAGAUUGAAGCCAGUAUAAAGUCCGAGCCUAUCCCUGCGAGCCAGGAAGGCCCUGUAACCGUUGUCGUUGCCCACACCUACCAAGAGAUUGUCAUAGACAGCGACAAGGAUGUUCUUCUCGAGUUCUAUGCCCCAUGGUGUGGACACUGCAAAGCCCUCGCGCCCAAAUACGAACAACUCGCCAAACUCUACGCCGAUGACCCAGAGUUUGCCUCGAAGGUCAUAAUCGCCAAGAUUGAUGCCACCGCAAACGAUGUGCCAGACGAAAUCCAGGGAUUCCCAACCAUCAAGCUUUUCCCUGCGGGCGCCAAAGAUUCUCCAAUUGAGUAUCAAGGCUUGCGCACCAUCAAGGAGCUGGCCCAGUUCGUGCGGGAUAAUGGCAAAUAUAGUGUUGACGCAUAUGAUCCGGAGAAAGUAGACGAGGAUAGCGGUGAUGUCACCAAGAAACCCGAGGAGGAGAGUCCUUCGUCGACAGAGGCCGCUGCCAAGGAAACCAAGGCUGAAUCAACUGGUAAACCGGAGGAGACUGCCGGUGAAGCCACCCGACAUGAGGAGCUGUAAGCUCUGCCGCCAUUUUUUUUUGGUGCAAUAUCGAUUAUGCCAUGUAUUGAAAAACUGGGAUUCUUUGGUUGUUUGUCUUGUUUCGUACUAUUAGUUAAUUGAAUUGAAUGGUUGUCCUUUUUUUUUUUCUUGUUUAGUUUUCUGUUUGAAAUAAUCUGCGUUUAUUUGAUGUGUUUUGCCUCUGCAUUGCUAUUUUAAAUGUAUUUUGUUUUUUUUAUAUAAUCCCCUGCGCGAAGCGUGCGAGGGUUUGCAUUUUGUGCUUGGGGUCAUGCUAUUAACCAAGCUAAGAAAGAAAUAACUCUCUACGUUUUACAUCUCGUUGAGACCUAGAUACCUGUACGAGCUUAGCGUUUUUCCGAUUUGCAAGGGCUUGUAUCAAGCAGGCUGUCAACCUCGUUUCGCUCCCUGUAACUAUCUCUUGUGCAAAGUUUCCGAUUGUGACAGAUCACAUAAUUAGUGGAUCCUGCUAUUAACAUUCAAUUGCGUUGGGCUAGCUAUGGAUGGAUCGCAACAUGUCUCGAACUUUAAAAAAUUUUCCAAGACUCAGCCGAACGCUUCGAAGCUUUUCACCUGAAAUCAGGAAAACCUUGAAAUAAAUAAAAGAGAUCGGGGGAAAACCCAAUUGAACUGAAUGGAAUCGAAUGAAAUUAAUCAAAAAAUAAAUAGAUAAAUAACAAAAUCCACGAGGGGAAAAGGAGAGAAUUGAAAAAAAAAAAAAUUCUACACACCAUGUCGAAAGGCCAUUUGCAGCCAUCGGGGGGAAAACGAAAAGAAAAAAAAAGGAAAACAAUCGACGGGCUAAGGUCCCAAGAGUUGAUGAUUUCUGGCCAGCAAUAUGAGAAGAAUGCACACAAACACGCCCGUACUCAAGACACACAAAACUCCUGUGUUGCGCUCAUAUACAGUUUCCUGAAUCAAUUAGGAAGUUCAUACUCCGCCUCCGCUAGAGCAGCCAAUGCAUCAGCAUCAUCAUCCUCGUCUUCCGAUAACAGAGACGAACUGGGGAUCCCGCCCCCAUUCGCCUCUGUGGCUUUCUUCCCAUCGUCCCCUUUCGGUACGAUAGCUUGCGCUUUGGCCGUAGUGGAUACUGUGGUGGAGUUGUUUUGAACGUUAGUUUCAGUCGCUGUAGCUACAGCUAUCUUCGUUUUUGGUGCUGUUGGUGGUGGUGAUGAUGAUGUUUUCUCCUCGAUGAGAGACCAGUCAAUAAUCCCAUCUUUGCCAUAACGUU